UUAAUUAGUAGCUACUGAUCGACCGUCUGGCUUUCAUGCAAGUAUUGGCCAUUCCGCUCACCAACGAAGUUGAAGCGUUUAAAAGAAGAAGCGCACCUCCAUCAUUAAAAAAAUAGCUUCAUCCUGUAAUGAAAAUGGAACCCGUCACGGAAAACGCCAUGGCGGCCGUGUCCGCGGCUUUGGAUAUAGCCACGUUCAACGAAGAGCUUCACCAGUCUUCCUCCUUAGAGGAUGACCUUCUUAUCGAGCUCACGUGGCUAAAAUGGUUCCUCAUUGACGGUCAACGGACCCCGGAAGGGCGGCAGCGGGCCGAGAUCUGGUCCCCGGCGAUCGAGCGCCUGGCACAGCGCGCAGUCACGCUCCAGUCCGGCUGGGUCGACGUUUCUUCCAACCCUUUCGGCAUUGCGGAUCUCCUAACCAAUCUCUCCAAUCUGAGAGAUAAACUCCAACUGCUUGUCACAAGUGCUUCAUCUCCGGCUCCAAAAGAUCCAGAUUUGCCAAUUUCUUCCGUGAAAAUCCCUAAACAAAUAAAAAAGCCUGUUCGUGAGAAUGUUAAAGUGGCAGCAUGGGGAGGCCCCGGGGGGAAGCAAUGGCAGUUCAAGUUUGAUGGGACUAUGAAGCAGAUCACCAUUGUUAAUGGUGAAGUUAUUGAUUCUUUGCAUUUCACUAGCCUUAAAUCGGAUGGUUCUUUCAAGACUUUAAAAGUUGGAGGUUGUGGCGGUUAUAAAACUAGCAAGGUUAUACACUUCUACUCAACCAACUUUAGGUCUUUUGAUUUGACUUUGUUUUUGGUGCAGCCAAUAUGGCAAUAAAUGGUCUAAUAAGUUAUGUGUUGGAUGAUCAUGUAGAUUAACAUUGAUGGAACGGUGGAGAAGUUGGUGCAAAUAAGUGGCACUUAUGGAUUUUACACCCACUACGUUGUGAUCAGAUCCAUCACAUUUCGAACCACCUUGAAUACUUAUGGACCGUACGGUUCGAGUCGUGGUGCACCAUUCAGUAGUGCAAUGCACAGGGGAGGAAAGAUUGUAGGGCUACAUGGACGAGCUGGUCAGUUCGUCGAUGCCAUUGGUGUAUUUUAUCGUCUUUAAUCGGUGUAACGUCCUCGUAUUUUCUUUUUGAAAACUCUUUUAUCUUUCUAUUGUGGGUAUGGGGGUUCAACCAUCUCGUUCAUGUUUGCUGAAAUUUUAUGGACUUAAAUAUGCUUAUGUAUUUAAAAUAAGCAAUCUAAUGAUUUAUAUGUAGCCGCAAUGGGCCAAUGGCUCUAUACGAAAAGAUGCAGUUGAAACUACAACGAUCAUAUAAUGUGAAUGUCAACUGAAAAGAUGUAGUUAAGUAGCCAAUCACACAAGAGUCGUG